AUGGCGGCGGUCGCGGUGGCCACAUUUUCCCCAUCAGGGCGGGCAGAAGGCGCAUAUCGAUGGGAGCCAACCCAGCAUUCGACGACAACUGGCUGGGCUGAGGAAGAUGUGCGCAUCCGCUUGCGCAUGAUCGCCCGCGCCUGGGAAUCCGAUUCACACAAUGCUCAGAUUUCAUCCCAUCAUCGACGACCCCUCAAAACCACAUGCAACAUCUCAACUCCGUUGAAAGCACCAGAAUGCGGCCCGCGAUGGUUGCGACGAUUUGAAGCGCCCUCUGAACCGUCCGAGCCAUGCGAGCAAGUCAUGGAUCCGACGAACACUGGCGGUUUUGCAAGUCGACGACCAUCGGACUUUUCCUUCUUCACCCAACCGCAAACUUCAAGUGCAGAACAACGACAGCGACGUAACGGCGACGCCAUAUUUAGCGAUCCCACACGCGACUUUCUCAUCGACUUCGGUUCCGAGGAAGGAUUCAUGCAAGCGGCGAAGAAGAAGAAGAACAAGGCGCCAGCUAAGGCGCCGGCGGCAAACAACAAUAACGAUGACGAUGGCGCGAAGAAGGAAGACGAAGGCGCCGGCGAUGGAGGUGAUCAAGGCGGUGACGCAGGUAACGACGGCGGAGCUGCGGGCGACGGCGAUGGAGGCGACAAAGAGACACCGCCACCAGCAGACGAUCCGCCCCCGGAAGAUGACUGGGGCUUCGCAACCACGAAAUCCAAGAAGAAGGGCAAAAAGGCCGACGAACCGGCACCUGAUUCAUUCGAUGAAAUAAAACUGGACGACAUAGGCAGCGGCAACGGGUCGCUAGACAUCAAUUUCGGCUCAACGGAGACCAAGAAGUCAGGGGGGUUUGGUUGGGGAUUGGGAGCGACAAAUUGGACAACAACAGGCACGGGACUAGGGAACACAUGGGAUUGGUCUGGCGCUAACAAGAAUGCAGCCACAAGUACGCCGGCAGAGGCAAAGGAAGACGCCGAUUCAAAUCCAUGGGGCUCCAAAAGCAAAACGAAGAAGAAGAGCACGACACUGGGGUUUUCGUUCGGCGACGAUACACCAGCUGACCCGGAACCGGCACCCGACCCGCCGCAGGAGAAAGAGGAGAAAGAUGACCCGUGGGGUUUCGGCACUGCGACUACAAAGAAAGACAAGAAGAAGAAGAAAGCCAGUAUCUGGGAUGCGGUGGAAGAAGAUAAGGCUCCUGAACCAGCGAAGGAGGAGACACCUGCAGACGACCCAUGGGGUUCGUGGGGCGGUACCACCAAGAAGGGGAAGAAGGACGACCCUCCCAAAGAGGAGCCGAAAGACGACCUGUGGGAUACCUGGGGACUUGGUAAGAAGAAGAAGAGCAAGGACGAGCCGGCCCCUGAACCAAUCCCUGAGCCGGCGCCCGAUCCGCCAGCCUCUAACGAGGAUCCUUGGAGUUGGGGAACAUUAUCGGGGAAGAAGAAGAAGAAAGGUCUAGUCGACCUUGAACCUGAACCUCCCCCGGUGGUCGAACCAGAGCCGGAACCCACCCCGCCGCCAGAACCCGAGCCAGAGCCCGUUGAUCCAUUCGCAGGCUUGACCAAUUCACAGAAGAAGAAAAAGAAGAAGGAGAUGGCUGCCGCCGCCGCCGCUGCCGAGGCCGAAGCUGCUAAAGCCGCCGAGGCCGCUGCUGCUGCCGAAGCAGAGGCCGCCGCCGCCGCCGAAGCGGAAGAGGCUGCCCGAAAGGAAGAGGAGGAACGACUAGCAAAAGAGGCUGAAGAGCAAGCCGCCAAAGAAGCAGCAGAAGCCGAAGAGGCGGCGAAAGCAGCGGAAGCCGCCAAAGCAGCAGCUGCGGACGACUUUGGAUGGGGUGUAUCAACUAAAACCAGCAAGAAGAAGAAGAAGGGCAAGACUGCCGAUCCUGAGCCGGAACUCAUUCCUGAACCUGCGCCGGAGCCUCCUGCUGCUGAUCCAGAGCCAGAACCACCAGCGGACGACGACUGGGCAAGCUUCGGCCAUUCCAAGAAGGACAAGAAGAAGAAGAAGGGCAAAUUGGCGGAUCCCGAACCUGAACCCGAGAUUGUACCAGAACCGGCGCCUGAUCCCCCAGCCGAGGAAGCGGAGCCGGAACCUGAAAAGAAGGAUGACGACGACUUCUGGGCCGCUGCUACUAGUUCGAAGAAGGACAAAAAGAAGAAGAAGGAGGCCGAAGCUGAAAAGUCCAAAGACGACUCUUGGGGCAUCUGGGGCCUUUCCUCCAAGAAAGACAAGGAGAAGGAGAAGGAGAAGGAAAAAGACAAGGAGAAGGAAAAGAAGAAGAAGAGCAAGGAGGCCGAUAAGGAAGCUGAGGAACCGAAGGCUGAAGUGGUCGAAGAGGAUGAAUGGGCCGGCUUGAGCAAGUCGGACAAGAAGAAGAAGAAGAAAGAUGCCAUGGCCUUGGUUGAGUUUGGCGGAGAGGACGAGCCUACCCCUGCCGAGGAAGCCCCUCCUGCCGUGCCAGAUAUUGCCGACCCCCUGGAUGGCGGCGGCUUCUUCAGCUCAUGGAACAUCGGCGGUAAGAAAGACAAGAAGAAGAAGGGAGCCGACACCGACGAAGGCGCUUCUAUGAAGCCCGAUGCAAUCGAGGAGCCCACAGAUGACAUCUGGGGAACCUCGUCCUCCAAGAAGAAGAAGGACAAAUCCAAGAACGAGCCCAUUGAAGUCGUGGACGAGGAGCCCAACGUGGAUUCCGUUCAACCGGAUUCCGUCGAGGAGACCAAAGACGACGAUGACUGGGCCGGCUGGGGAUCCUCCAAGAAGAAGUCUAAGAACCGUAAGGACAUACUCGCCGACCCUCCACCGGAAGCUCCCACCCCUCCCUCAUUGGACAUGGCUGAGCCUGUAGCAGAAGCAGAACCUGAGAAAGAGAAAUCCAGCUUUUGGGGCGACAUGACCUCUUCCAAGUCUAAGUCCAAGGAUAAGGAUAAAGAUAAGGAAAAGGAGAAGUCCAAGAAAGAGCCCAAGCUGAGCGAGAAGGAGCUCAAGAAGCUCGAGAAAGAAAAGAAGAAGGCUGAAAAGGAAGAGGCAGCGCGGUUAGCCAAAGAAGAAGAGGAGGCUGCCGCCGCCGCUGCUGAGGCCGCUGCCAAGGAAGAGGAAGAACGCCUUGCACAAGAAGCAGAGGAGGCCGCGGCAGCGGAGGCGGCUGAGGCGGCCGAGAAGGCGCGAAUCGAGGAAGAGGAGGCCGCAAAGAUUGCGGACGAGGAGGAGCAGUUCGCUGCCUUGGAGGCCAAGAAGCUCAAGAAGGGCAAGUUGACCAAGAAGGACCAGGGUGUUUACGACACGCUCAAGGCAUCGAUCGACGAGCGCGCUGCCGCAUCCCAAGCUGCUGCGGAUGCCGAAGCCGCCGCCGCCGCCGAAGCUGAAGAAGCCGCUCGCAUCGAAGAGGAAGAGCGACUCGCCAAGGAAGCCGAAGAAGCUGCUGCCAAGGAAGCCGAGGAGGAAGCUGAAGCAGCGGAGAAGAAAGCGAAGAAAAGCUCCAAGUCGGAGAAGGAGUCCAAGUCCAAGUCGAAGAAAGACAAGGAGAAAGAAAAGGAGAAAGAGAAGGAGAAGGAGAAAGAGAAGGAAAAGAAGGAGAAGAAGGACAAGAAGGACAAGAAAAGCAAGGACAAGGAGAAGGAGAAGGAAGAGGAGCCGGAGCCGGCACCAGUCGAGGACGUCGAUAAUGAGGACGAGCUGGCCGACAUUGAGCUGACCGAGGACCAAAUCGAGGAGCUCCUGGCCGAUCCCGAGCCUGAGGAAGCUGCUCCUCCUCCACCACCCCCGGCGCCGGAAGUAAAGCCAUCCAACGAUGCCUUCAGUUUCUGGGGCGUUGGCACUAAGAAGUCGAAGAAAGGUAUGUGGCCUCAGGCUCGCAGCCAAUCUCCCUUCACACCACCACACCACCAAGUCUCACCAAGCCUAUUGGAAAUGAGACGCCUCAAUAGGCGUCACCUGAGAUUACACUGCUGA